AUGUUUUCUGUUGGUCAUGAGUCUUUUAGCGGCCAACCAAAUGGACGAGGCGAAUGCGUGGACGCCUUCAUCGUCGCCUUGAAUCGGACAUGCGAUGGAGGAGAACAGCGUUGGUAUGCGUCUACGCUGGAGCUACAGCCCGUGUCGCUGGAGUUUUGUGUGGCGUGCAGACGUGUGCCGACCUCGCACUCAACAAGCACCGUCGGGAGGUUGGUGUCUGGAGUCAGUCGUGCUCCAGUCGUGCGGGCUUAUAGUUUGACGUGGGCACUUUCAAUGGACGUCCUGCUGCAGAGUUGUGCCAUGGAGCUGCAGCGAGGGUCAAAAUAUCGGCGGAGUGGGGGACAUUCAUCUGCAGCAAACCUAGCAUCGAUGUUGUGGCUUCAAAGGCUCAAACGGCUGGUAUUGGAAUUGGAUACGCCCGUGAUCACGGCGUCGUGGCCGGCCUCCCUGCAGCAGCUAUCGUUCGGAUAUAAAUUCAACAAGCCCAUCGCCGACGUCGUGUGGCCGGCCUCCCUGCAGCACCUAUCGUUUGGACUUCGGUUCAACCAACCCAUCGCCAACAUCGUGUGGCCGGCCUCCCUGCAGCACCUAUCGUUCGGAUAUACAUUCAACCAGCCCAUCGCCGAAGCCGUGUGGCCGGCCUCACUGCAGGUGCUAUCGUUUGGAAAUCGGUUCAACCAGCCCAUCACGACUGUUGUGUGGCCGGCCUCCCUGCAGCAGGUUUCAUUAGGACGUAUGCUUGUAUCUAUCGUUCAAGGUGCCAGUACCAUCCAGUGGGGGUGUUGUCACCGCAGAGAAACACCCUGUAAAGGCUUCUUACAAGCAAACUCUCAGCCGUUCAGGUGGCGUCUGUUUGCGGCCUACGCCACUUAUUUAUCGGGUGAGACUGUUUUGGUGAUGUAUUAA